CCAUUUCUCUGCAAGAAUUCACAAAACCCCACUGCCCCAUACCCUACGGCCCCUCCCCCUUCCCCUCUCCAUCUUCACUCAAAAAAGCCAGAAAUAAAAAAAAGAAAAGGCAUCUCAGGGAGAAAAUCAACAUUUGUCAGAAGUUCUACAAUGGCUGAAUCAGGGUGGAGAGCAUGAAGAUUACAGCCGGCGAGAAGGAGCUCCAGCAGGGUCCAUCUUCGACACCAUUCAACCCUUUUCAAAGUUCCGAUCUUUUAGAAAAACCCAGUAAGUCUAGCAAGCCACAUCGUAGGAAAAGUAGGGGUUCCGGCAAUGGAGUUCGGCUGAGAAAAGACUCUGGAGGAAAGAGAAGCAGCAGACCGGAGACCCCUUUACUCCGAUGGAAGUUUGAUGAAGUUGGUGUUGAAGAUGAAAAUGAACUUUGUAAGCAGGAAAAGUCGCAGCCAGAGGCUGCUCGGAACAAUGGCCGGAAAGUUAGAGCUGUGGUUUCGGCUAGGAAGCUUGCUGCUGGGAUUUGGAGAAUGCAAUUGCCGGAGGUUUCUACAGGCGGCGGUGAACAGUUAGGGUUCCAGUCUGGAGAUAAUUACGUCGGGGUCCCCUUCCAUGGUUAUGAUAAUUGCAAAGUGCAUGAUUGUACAACGAAGGAUCUGGUGCGAAGUCCCCAGUCCGUUACUGGUCCAAGAAAUGGGUUUUCCUCUAAGGCUGAAUCCUCAUUUCAACUCUCCAACUCUGCAAUGGAAGGUGCAACGAAAUGGGAUCCUGUUGGCUGGAAAACAUCCAAUGAAGUAAAACAGAUAUUUGGGCAGCAAAAGCAGUUUGACCAGGAAGCAAGAGCUUCAGCAGCUAUAUCUGCCCUAGAGACACAACUUGAGCAGGCUCGAUCACAGAUUCAUGAACUUGAAAUGGAGAGACGGACGUCAAAAAAGAAACUUGAACAUUUUCUGAAGAAACUCAGUGAAGAAAAGGCUGCAUGGCGUAGCAGAGAACAUGAGAAAGUUCGUGUAAUUAUUGAUGACAUCAAAGCUGACUUGAGCAGAGAGAGGAAAAAUCGCCAAAGACUGGAAAUUGUGAACUCCAAGCUGGUUAACGAGUUGGCUGAGACCAAGUUAUCGGCGAAGUGUUAUAUGCAGGACUAUGAGAAAGAGCGCAAGGCCAGAGAAUUGAUAGAGGAAGUAUGUGAUGAACUAGCUAAGGAAAUUGGAGAAGACAAGGCUGAAGUUGAAGCAUUGAAGAGGGAAGCUCUGAAGCUCAGGGAGGAAGUCGAUGAAGAGAGAAAAAUGUUGCAGAUGGCUGAGGUCUGGCGGGAGGAACGGGUUCAGAUGAAACUGAUAGAUGCAAAGGUGGCACUUGAAGAGCGGUACAGUGACAUGAAUAGGCUAAUAGCAGAACUGGAGUCAUUUCUGAGUUCAAGAGGUGCAAUCCGAGAUUCUGAGGAGAUAAGAAUGGCAGAGCUCCUUCGACAGGCUGCUACCUCUCUGAAUAUUAAGGAUGUCAGUGAGUUCACAUAUGAGUCCCCAAAUCCGGAUGAUAUAUUCUCUGUAUUUGAAGAUGUUAAUUACGGUGAACCCAAUGAGAGACAGAUUGAACCAUGUGUUGCAUAUAGUCCUGCCAGUCAUGCUUCGAAGAUUCGUACAGUGAGUCCUGAAAUUAAUGCGUUUAAAAAAGACAUUAUGCAGAGACAUUCUAACGUGUUUGUCGAUCGGAGUGGCACGCUGGAAGACGAGGGAAGUGAAUGGGAAACUGUGAGCCAUCCUGAGGAUCAGGACUCUAGUUAUUCACCAGAUGGAAGUGAUCCAUCUGUUGAUAAAGAUCACCAAGACAGUAAUGUGUCUAGAACUUGUACAGAAUGGGAAGCAAAUGUUUGUGAUGGGACACCAAUCACAGAGAUCAGUGAAGUCUGCUCUGUACCUACUAGGCAACUGAAGAAGGUGUCCUCCAUUUCUAGGCUCUGGAGAUCAUACCCAAGCAAUAGUGAUAAUUACAAAAUCAUAUCCGUGGAGGGAAUGAACGGAAGACUUUCCAAUGGAAGGCUUUCAAAUGGGGCUUUGAUUUCUUCAGACUGUGGUUCAGGUAAAGAUGGGCUCAGUCCACCAGACAUGGCUGGACAAUGGAGUUCACCUGAACCGGGAAAUCCACACAUAACCAAAGGCAUGAAAGGGUGCAUUGAGUGGCCACGCAGUGCACAGAAGAAUAGUCUGAAAUCAAAACUUCUGGAGGCCAGGAUGGAAAGUCAAAAAGUACAGUUGCGGCAUGUUCUAAAGCAGAAGAUAUAGAGAUUAUAAUUAUGAAUGUCGAAACCAGCUAAGUAGAGCUACUUGUUAAGGCCGGAGAUUAUCAUGAUGGGCAGUUUCGCUCUCUACCGACUGAAACUACUCGGAAGGAAGGUUUUUAUGGACCCGUGAAUACAAACGGAGGAUUAAAUCCUUGGGAACUCUGAUCCUGCUCCAUUUACAUAGGCCUUGCAAGAGCGUUCAUCCAUAACUUCCACGAGUGGAAGAAUAAUAGCUUGAUUUUGGAACCGGGCGCGGAGGGGUUGCUAGUUAGCAAAAUGUAAUACUACUCCAAUUGUCCGUAAAUAGUUCCAGCAAGGAAAAACCAUUCGGGGAUAGGGGGUCAGGUUUUGAUGUUCUGGAUAUAUCUCUGUGCUUUGACAAGUGGGGCAAUAGUCUCUUUCAAAUGGCACAAUAGAUUUGUAUUCUGGGUUAUUAGGUUAUAUUGCUGAAUUCUCUUUUCUUGGAUACGUAUUCAUUUACCAUUUUUUUUUUAA